AUGGAAUCGCCAGGCCCGGGUGGCUUCUUACCAGCACCAGCUGGUGCAAGUCUCCCAUCUCCUGCACCUUCAUCAGCGUCAUCAUUCUCAAACAUCCAAGGUCUUCCUACACCGAGAACAAAAGCCCUGAAGCCCAACUCAAGUAAAGAGUUCAUGGUGCGAAGGUAUGCGGAGGAACAGCUCCUACUGGUAACACGGAAAUAUGUCAAGAAGUUUGGGAAUCCAGAACCCGGCGAUACCGUGGUGGGAUAUACUAGGUUUGGUGAAGUAUGUCGAGAUCUCGAUAGCAUCAUCAAUGUGUUGUGGAAAUCAGGCACUCGCCAAGACAUCGAAACUCACGAAGCAUUACCUGGUUUUGAGAACGGACUACGCGGCGGCAUGACAACGACAGAAAUGAUCCGCUGCCGAAGUUUAGUAGAUCAAUGUCGGGUUUUGAUGGUGGAAGUAAUGCGAGAUCCAGCAGAAGAAGACGAGGAAGAGGAAGAAGCAGAGACAGAUACCGAGACAGAAGCGGAAGAACCUGGGAUCAAGGGGUGGGGAGGCGUGGAGGACGACGAUGAGAUGAUGCUACAGCUCGAUGCGGCGCGGGUCUUUGAGAAAACGAUUGUGCAGCUCAACGAGAGGCUUGGUGAUCUGGAGCCAUUGCAGAUGUCUGCCGAUUGA